GAAUAGAUUUCUCACUGUGAGCCGUCUAGUUCCUAUCCCUGUAAGGGACUUGUGUGUGCUGGAGCUAUAAAGGUCCUUUAACAGGAUAGGAACUAGAUUUCUCACAGUGAGCCGUCUAGUUCCUAUCCCUGUAAGGGACCUGUGUGAGUUGGAGCUAUAAAGGUCCUUCUGCUGGAUAGGAACUAGAUUUCUCACUGUGAGCCGUCUAGUUCCAAUACAUGUAAGGGACCUGUGGGAGCUGGAGCUAUAAAGGUCCUUCUGCUGGAUAGGAACUAGAUUUCUUACUGUGAACCGUCUAGUUCCUAUCCCUGUAAGGGACCUGUGUGAGUUGGAGCUAUAAAGGUCCUUCUGCUGGAUAGGAACUAGAUUUCUCACUGUGAGCUGUCUAGUUCCUAUCCCUGUAAGGGACCUGUGUGUGCUGGAGCUAUAAAGGUCCUUUAACAGGAUAGGAACUAGAUUUCUCACUGUGAGCUGUCUAGUUCCUAUCCCAGUAAGGGGCCAUUGUUAGCUGAAGGUAUAGAGGUCCCUUAGCAGUAUAGGAACUAGGUAUUACUAUCCCAGUAAGGGACCUGUGUGAGUUGGAGCUAUAAAGGUCCUUCUGCUGGAUAGGAACUAGAUUUAUCACUGUGAGCCGUCUAGUUCCUAUCCCUGUAAGGGACCUGUGUGUGUGCUGGAGCUAUAAAGGUCCUUCUGCUGGAUAGGAAUAGAUUUCUCACUUUAAGCCGUCUAGUUCCUAUCCCUGUAAGGGACCUGUGUGAGCUGGAGCUAUAAAGGUCCUUCUGCUGGAUAGGAACUAGCUUACUCACACUGAGCUGUCUAGUUCCUAUCCCUAUACAGGACCUGACCAGUAGGAGGCGAAAAGGUCCUUUAGCAGGAUAGGAACUAGCUUACUCACACUGAACAAGCUAUUUCCUAUCCUCAGAAAGGACAGGGUCCUUCUACUGGAUAGGAAGGGGGUGUAUCCAUCCCAGCAUGCCUUGCACACUUCCUACAGGAGCUGGUUAGGGACAAAUUGUGCAUUGUGCAAAGCUCCCCUAGAGGGAACUGCUGGUAUACACCACAGUAUCCACGUAAUAAUGUAGUCACUAGUCUGUAUAAUAAUACUGAGUAUCUAUACGCUGAUAAUAAACAUGUCGCUCUGUAUAAUAAUACUGAGUAUCUAUACAUUGAUAAUAAACAUGUCGCUCUGUAUAAUAAUACUGAGUAUCUAUACGCUGAUAAUAAACAUGUCGCUCUGUAUAAUAAUACUGAGUAUCUAUACGCUGAUAAUAAACAUGUCGCUCUGUAUAAUAAUACUGAGUAUCUAUACACUGAUAAUAAACAUGUCGCUCUGUAUAAUAAUACUGAGUAUCUAUACACUGAUAAUAAACAUGUCGCUCUGUAUAAUAAUAGCGAGUAUCUAUACGCUGAUAAUAAACAUGUCGCUCUGUAUAAUGAUACUGAGUAUCUAUACACUGAUAAUAAACAUGUCGCUCUGUAGAAUAAUACUGAGUAUCUAUACACUGAUAAUAAACAUGUCACUCUGUAUAAUAAUACUGUUUAUCUAUACACUGAUAUUAAACAUGUCACACUGUAUAAUAAUACUGAGUAUCUAUACACUGAUAAUAAACAUGUCGCUCUGUAUAAUAAUACUGAGUAUCUAUACGCUGAUAAUAAACAUGUCGCUCUGUAUAGUAAUACGGAGUAUCUAUACACUGAUAAUAAACAUGUCGCUCUGUAUAAUAAUACUGAGUAUCUAUGCACUGAUAAUAAAAUGUCGCUUAAUUCCACAUUAAUUCUACAAUGUUAUAUGGAAUAGUAAUGUCUUCCCCCUCUAUUUCAAACCAAUUCUGUGGAAUUUUAUCCUGUUUGAUUAGGGGGAGAGUGUGCAUUAAUUGAGCUGCUUGAUGAUAUAAGAAAAUGUUUUGAAAACCAAUACCUCCAUGCUUAUAUUUCAUAUACAGAAGAUCCUGGCCUAAUCUGGGUUUUUUCUGAAGCCAUACAUAAUCUCUAAAAAUCUUAUUUAUAAGUUUAAGUUGUUGGGGCUGCAUCUGUAUUGGAAUCAUCCUCAAUAGAUAUAUAAACCUAGGGAAAAUAUAUGCCUUAAUGAAAUUAACCCUACCCCACCAGGAUAACUGCAUGGAGUUCCACUGUUUUAACGAAUGAAUACAUUCUCUAAUCAAGGGGAUUACAUUGGCCAUCAUUAUAUUACCAGGAUUUUUCACUAUAUUAAUCCCAAGACAAACAAAUCCCUUUUUUUCCCAUCUAAAGUCAAAAAAUUUAGUUAAAUAUUGAUAAUCUUCCUCUUGCAUAUAGAAGGGUAAUACAGUCGUUUUUUGAACAUUAAGUUUAUAAUUUGACAGUCGGCUAUAACUUUCAAUUACCUGCAUAGCUGCUACUACUGACUUAAUUGGAUUAGUUAGGGUUAGCAGAGUGUCAUCCGCAUAUUGGCAUAUCUUGAAAUGUUUAUCUCUCUUUUUAAACCCAGAUAUUUCGGCAUUAUUUCGUAUUUCAUAUGCCAGAGGUUCAGCUGUUAAAAUAUAAAGCAGCGGGGAUAAAGGACAACCUUGUCGGGUACCAUUCGAUACCAUAAACCAAUCAGACUUAAUCCCACCCCCGACAAUCCUGCUGGAUGGAAAAGAAUAGCAGGCCAAAAUUGCCGACAUAAUCUGCCCUGCAAACCAAAAAGCUUUAAGAGUUGCUUUCAUGAAAUUCCAGCCGACCCUAUCGAAAGCCUUUUCUCCGUCUAAGGCCAUCGUUAAAAAAGGAAUUUUGUUCAUAUGAAUCUUAGAAAAUAUAUUUAAUAUCUUCCUAAUAUGGUUAGAAGACGUCCUGCCUGGUAUAAACCCUACCUGAUCUUUUGAGAUCAGGGAGGAGAUUAUAUUCUUAAUUCUUUUAGCAAUGAUAGAAGCGUAGAUUUUAUAAUCUUUAUUUAAUAAAGCUAUUGGGUGAUAGUAAUUUCUUCUGGAUUUUAAUUGUUUUUUAAAAUAGGUAAGAUAUUUGCAGCCAACAUUUCUAUAGGUAAAUUACCUGUAAUCAUCGCCAAGUUAUAACAAUCUACCAUUCUCUGAAUCAACCUGUCCUUAUAUGUUUUAAAAAAGCAAUCUGUAAAUCCGUCUGGACCUGGUGCUUUAUUUUUUUUCAUAUCAUCAAUAGCGUCACAAACUUCUUGAAAAGAAAUCUCUGUAUUCAAUUGUUCUAAUUGAUAAUCAUCCAGUUUGGGCAGGUGACUGUUCAAAAAAUACCUAUCCAUCUCCUCUUGGGAAGAUAUAGCUGGUAGAUUAUACAGUUUAUAAUAAUAAUUUCUAAAUGCUUCUCCAAUUUUUUUAGGGUCUAAUAUUAUUUCAUUUCCCUGUUUUAUUUUUGUAAUUAGUUUAUUUUUUUGUAGAUUUUUAACUUUAUUGGUAAGUAAUUUAUCGGCCUUAUUUCCCCUAUAGUAGUAAUUUAUUUUCAUAUAUUGGAGGUUUCUAUUUAUUUUAAAAAUCAUAAUUUCAUUUAUUUUAUUUUCUAUUAUCCUAAUUUGAUUUGAGAUAAUUCUUGUAGGUGUCAUAAUAUUUUUUUUAUAGCAUUCACUUAGUUCAAUAUAUAAACUUGAAAGGGAUUCCUGUCGCUUUUUCUUGGUCUCAACUUCUAAACUAAUAAGGUGACCCCUUAUGACGCUUUUAAAUGCACACCACUUUGUAACUGAGGACACUUCGUUAUUAUCGUUAUCCUGCCAGUACAGGUCUAUCGCCUUUGCGAUCUGUUCCCUAUUGAUUUUAGGUAUUAAUGGCUUGUCAUUUAAUUUCCAAUCUGACCUAUGCUUUAAAAAAUUGUUCUUUAGUUGUAUUUUCACCAUAUUAUGAUCGGACCAUGUUACCUUGAUUAUAUUAGAAGAUUUCACAUUUUCUAUCAGAUUUCGAUCUCCGAAUAUAAAAUCAAUUCUUGAAUAAGAACAAUGGGUCUUACUAAAGCAUGUGAAAUCUUUCUCUGUAGGGUGAAAAGUCCUCCAGCAAUUAAGAAGGGCUUCACUUUGUAUUAUAUUCCUAAAUUUUUUUGCCUGAUUUAGAGCAUUCCUUGAGGGGAUUUUAGACUUUUCAGACUGUCUGUCUAUAUUAGGAUCAGUUACCAAAUUAAAAUCGCCCAUAACUAAAGUAUGGCCUUGUUUGAUUUUAUUUAAUUGCGCAAAAAAUUUAUAUAAAAACUGUAUCUGAGAGGUAUUCGGGGCGUAGAUAUUAGCAAAUGUAUAAAGUUUAUCUUCUAUUGUACAUACUAGAAUAAUCCAUCUUCCCAUCGGAUCAGUUUUAGAGUAGGUAAUCGAAACAUUUAAUGUCGAAGAAAAGAAAAUAGCUACUCCCCUCUUUUUUUUAUCUUUACAGGAAGAACAUACUGAACUAGGGAAAUCUUUAAAUCUAAAUUUCCCCUCUUCUGCUCUACGCCAAUGAGUCUCUUGAGUACCUACAACUUGCGCCUUUUCUCUUCUAAUAUGGUCAUCUAGGAGUCUCCUUUUCUGUGGAGAGUUCAGGCCUUGUGCAUUAAUAGAGACUACAUUAAACAUAAAGAUUUUAUCUUAUCUUUUUCUCUUUUUUUUUCUUUCCUUUCUCCCUUCCUCUCUUCUCUCCCUUUCCUCUCUCUUUACUUUAACCAUUCUCUUUCUCCUUUCCUCCCCAUCUUUUUUUCUCAAAAUCGCAUCCCCCUCAGGAUAGGUAUCUUUUUUUGCUAAUUCAUAUAUUUGAAUCAUCGUCAACUUAUAACAAUCAGAGAAACACAAAACAUUUACAUUCACAAACACAUUUACAAUAGACAUCCCUUAAAGGAAGUAUAGAUGGACCUGUGAUGUUUCCUCUUUCACAGAACCUCCAAAUAGAUCCUAUAUAGGAUCAUUAUUAUGAUACUGAACUGCCCCUUUUGGAGAGCAUUUGAGCCAGAUAUUAAAUUUAGACCCCCGAUUGAUACUCUACAUAGUUAACAAUAGGUAUAAAAAAAAACAAGAAAAAAAAAGAAAAAAAAAAAAACUGUCUUAUCAAUCUCUACCUUAACCUUCUCCCUCCCCUCACCCACUCCUCUCCCAGAGGCUCUCAAUCUUCGUGCCUAACCUAGUAUAUCCUUUUAUUUCUAUUAAACAUAGAUUAUCAUAUAAUCCAAAAUAAACCUAAGUGAUUAAACAGCCCCUUUCCAAAAUUACCUUAUCAUAUCAACCUUUGUCUUUCUAUCCUUCAAUAUCUCUAUUUAAUUCAGUAUUCUAUAUAUCUUUUAUAUUCUUAAAUUCUCCUAACAGUAGCUUAUCAAUUUACACCCAUUAUGUGGAUUCCAGCUUAAAAUUGUCGAGCUGUAUUUAAAAUAAUAAAACUGUAUUAUUUAAAUUCUCCUCUAAAAGUCAGUGCUUAUUUGUGAACUAACGAAUUAAGGGAAGUUUAACCCUCAGAUCUUCCUCUCAAACUCUUCCUAAGGCAAAUUCAAUAACACUCCUCUUCUAUUCUAGUGAUUAUGUGUUCCCAAUUCCUUCUUCAAUAAAAUUUCUUCAUAUUUAACAUCUAUUAUACAUCAUUUUCUUACAACCUAUUAUUGCUGUGCAUACAGAGGACAACAAACACCUCUUUAAUUAACAAUAAUAUCUGUGUGAACCAAUUAUGUGAACAUCUAGUAUCUUACAGUGACUAAUAAAAACUUUUCCGUCAAGUUUUAAUUAAAUGUAUAAAGUUAAUUUGCUGAUAUCUAUAGUAUAUUCGCUCCCUCCAAAAACAUUAUUUCUGUUUCCCAAUGUCGAAUUACACUCUUAAUGACUGAGAUUAAAGGAAUCCCUGCGUGUACAAUCAUUCCCAAAAACCCUCCUAAUACAUAAUAGAUAUGAUACUUUGUCGUGGAUAAAGUCUCUCUUCGUCUUCUUUAUCCUCCCCUUGGAUCGGGUAUAGGUGAUAAAGCAGAAAGAAAAAAAAAAAAAAAAAGAAAACCUUUAUUUUUCAGUUAUACAGCUUCUCUCCUACGUCCUUUAUCCUCAUCUCCUUGAUUAUCCAAUUCAAAAUUCUGCUCUCUAAACCAUUUUGAAAUUGCUGUAACGUCUGAAAAGGAAUAUGACCUUGCUUCGUACGAAACAAUAAUUUUACAGGGAUAUCGCCAUGCAUAUCUGAUGUUCUUCUGAUGCAGGAUCUUUGUGUAAUUUGCAAACGAUUUUCUUUUAAUCCUAGUGUGGUAGGAGAUAUCCGGAAAAAUCAUAAUGUCACUAUGUGGAUCCUUCAUCUUAAUAAGUCUUGAUGCUUUUAAAACUUGUUCUUUCAUUUUAUAAGACGAGCAGCAGAUCAUCACAUCUCUCGGUUUGCUUUGAUCCACAUAUUCUGGUUUCAUAACUCUGUGACUUCUUUCCAGAAAAUUUAAUGAGUUUGUCAUUUGUAUGCCCAAUUGUACAAAAAUCUCCAUUAUAUGAUCUUGCAGUUUAUCGCUAUUGAUAGAUUCUAUAGCCUGCCUAAGCCCUACAGUAAAGGAAAAGAUUGUACAGCAAAUGCUGAUGCCAAUCAUUGAUUAUGGGGAUGUAGUAUAUGCGUCUGCAUCGCAAUCCCACAUUAAUAAACUCAACACAUUGUAUAACUCGUUCUGCAGAUUUGUGCUACAAUGUAAUUACAGGACCCAUCAUUGUGACAUGCUAAAGGAACUAAACUGGCUGUCGCUGGAAUCCAGACGCACCCUUCAUCUUUCCAGCCUUGUUUUUAAGAGCUUUUCUGGUAAACUCACACCCUACCUGAACAAAAUGCUUUCCCCAGCUGUUCCCACUUUCUAUAACCUCCGAUCCAGUACAAGCACUUUACUUAGUCUACCUCAAUACAAAAAGAAAGCGGCCCGAUCCUCCUUCUCCUACAGAGCACCGCAAUUGUGGAACGACCUCCCGCACAAUUUAAAAUCUUCCCUAAGCCUAAAGUCUUUUAAGAGAUCCCUCUCUACAUACCUCAAAACAGAAUGCACAUGUCAUGGUUGAUUAUAUAUUUCCUGCCUGUUCUAUGUUAAAUUUUGUAUAUAUUGUGUAUUAAUAUUGUUUUUGUAUUUUGUUGUACCUAAUGUAACAAUGCAAUGAUUUGUGGACCCAGGACAUACUUGAAAACAAGAGAAAUCUCAAUGUAUCUUUCCUGGUAAAAUAUUUUAUAAAUAAAUAAAAAUAAAUUCUGGGAUUCCCCUGAUUCUUAGAUUAUUACGUCGGGAGCGAUCUUCCAGAUCUGCAAUUUUAAGUUCCAUAUCCUCUAUCUUUUUGUUUGUCUUCCUCAUAGAAUCUUCUGUUGUCGCUUGCUGAAAUUCCAUUGAAUCUAGUUUUUCUUCAUACUGCUUGAGUUUUUUUCCCAUCUGUAAUAGCUCCAUUUUGAAUUCCAACAGACCUUCAUGUAUCUCCUUUUUAAUUUUCUCAAGUUGCCGUUCAAAACCGGACUCAAGAUACAUAUGUAAUUCAUCCGAGCUAUGUUCUUUUGGACUUAAAUUUGAGGAUAUGCACUUUGGAGAUAGAUGUUCUGCUUCUUUAAAUGAUUGAGAGGAGGAAUCUGAUAUAUUUUGUUGAUCUGAUUCCAAUUUCUGUGUUUGCACCGGAACUAAGGAGGAGAGCCUUCUAUUUGGCUUACUUUCUAACUUUCUUUCUCUUUUCAUAAGCUGUUUGUUGUCUUGCCCUUUCCUAGUAGUCAUCUUGAAAAGAGAAAAAAAAAAAAAAAGGAUUCUCCUUUAAUCCAGAUUCAGAAAGACCUUUGUAAUGUUGACACUUGUUCCACGCCCUUAGUGCGUUUGAUUUUCUACAUCUCACACCAUUAAUUAUAUCUUUCCGUGUUGCAAGCUUAUUUCUACUAAAGCCAUUUCCGUGUAUAACAUGCUUAUUGUACUUUAAGGGGCAGAUGGAAAGGGAAAAAAAAAAGAAAGAAAUUUGUAUUUUUCAGAUGUCCUUCUUUUUUUUUUUUAAAUCUAUAGUAAUUUCCCUUCUUUUCUUCACUUUAUUUUUCACUUCACUUUGCCCCUUUAUCUUCUUCCAAUUUGUCUCCUCAUAUAUAAAAUGUUGGCAUCUGCUUAAACUACCAUAUUUAAUUGUAACAGAUUGGCAGUUUUAAACACUUAUACUUGUUUCACUUUUUCCUAUUUGCUUUUAUAAUCUUAGUUGUUGCCUCUUUAAUUUAUCAAUAUAUCCUUCAGAAGUCUUACGGAAUACUGUCUUGCUGAUAUUUAUAUUUAGCUUUUAUGAUAGUCAGCUUAGUCAGAUAUCUUUGUAUUGAUACUUGAAGCACCAGACCCUAUCAGGGUGCGAGAAAACAAUUAAACACGUUCCACUUUGCAGAGGUGAACACGGAGAAUGAAUAUAUAUAAAAAAAAUUUUUUUAGAUGUCUUGAAAUAUUAAGUGUUGACAGCAAUUCUCGAUUAUGUUCACUCCCCUAUGUUCACUUAGCGGAGCUAUUUCCAAAAAACUCCUGCGCCCUCUAAGCCUUUCCCCACCAAACAGCUUUUUCAGGGUAUAUCAGUGAAGCUCUGCUGAAAAUCGCUCCACUUACCCUCACAGUGUCUGUUGGUGCGUCGCUUGCUUCAGGCUGGGCACUUCCGACACUCAUCCUCCACCUUACAAUGUAUCUAACUGAUGGUCACUUGCUGGGGGCCCUUCAGUUUUCCCCGGUUCUCCCCCUCGGUUUUCCGACUUCUGAUUUCGCGGAAUCAGCUUCAGACAGCUUCAGGCAGCUUCAUGCAGGUCUCGUCCGAUCGGGCGUCCUGAGGCUCAGCUCCCUAGGGCGCCAGCAUCUCCGCGUGCAAGGACGUACGCUCCCACGCGUUCACGUCCUACGUGGUAAAUUUACUGUUAAUAUAUUAUCUUUAUUCCACCUGCAGGAAUGGAAUUUUAUAACCAUAUAUUUUUGUAGUUAACUAAGUUUUCUAAUGAUUGUAAUCUGACUGAGAUUUAUCCAAGCAUAUAUUCCUGCUAUGAGUAAAAUUUUAAUUAAUUUCAUUUAAUUAAAUUUAAAAAACCAACAUAAUUACCAGUUAGGUUGUACAUUUUCUUAUCAGAUGAAUUCAAAGAUCUGUCCCAGGAAUUGUAUGCAAGUAGGAUUGAUGUAUGCAGUAGAAAAAGUUUUCAGAGUUCUGGAUUAGGUGUCCAGGAAAGUGUUUCUUGAGUUGUGUCAAAGAGAGUUUGUCUGAGUCUGUGAGUGUCAGAUGUUGAAUCUUGAAUGUCCAAUGUUGAAUGUCUGAAUGUUGAAUCCCUCUCUUCCCUUUGUCCUUACUUUUUAAAGGGCCAAACUCUAUGCACAUCACUAGUUGACAGGACCAAUAGGGAACUGUAGGUGUGUCAGACCAUAAUCUAGGUUUUUUUUGGUCAGUAGAUAGCGCAAUUACAUCACCAAAAUGUCUUGUCAUGGGGUCCAUUUGCCUUUAUGCCUGAUGGGUUAACUGAAUUUUAUGAUGAUUUUGAAGUCAUUUACUUAUCCAUUUUAUGUCCAUUUAACUCAAAUUUGCUGCCAAUUUCAAAGGCUUAUCCCAGACAGAGCGUCGGCAAUUCCAAUCGUAAUUUAGAAUUGACACCUCCUAACCUUAAUUUCAUCCUUUUACUUACAAUGGGACUUUGUAGGAGUUAGAAAGUAAAAUUAAUUACUAAGUGUUAUCUGUUACUAGUGUCUGGUUCUUUUGUGAAGCUGUGUGUAAGAUUAUUUUUCUAUCCCACUAACAUUUAUUAAAUAAUAUAUUUUUCAUUGAUAUUUAACAAUGAAUAGUCAAUAUUAUUAACAAAUACUGAUUAUAUUUAAUUAUUAAUAGCCGCAAAUAUAAGUGGAUAGUGUGUAUAUGUUUAUAUAAUUAUGUAUACAUUUGUCUCUCUGGGUUAGUAUUCCAUUCCCCAUCCUUGUGAGACAUCAUUGCCUUAUCAUCAGUCUUAGGAGAUAACAUUAUUUAAAAAUAGAUAAGCAGAGAUAAGAAAAUACAAUUUCCAAAUUAAGACCCCCCAAACAUCCAUCUCGACUCAGUAUUAACAGUUUGGUCUAAGUAAAGGACCAAUAGUGCUGGGCUAUUACGUUAAGAAAUAUGUGUCUGUCUCGUUUAUGAUGUUGGCUAGUGCUAGUUGCACUGUUCCCCAUGUGUUUCAUCUGUUGGUUCAGCUGGAUAGACUACCAGACAAACUGUGGAGUUACUGGGUGGCCACCAUUUCAUGUAUCAGAGGCACAUGGUGAGAACAAUGGAUGGCGGCCAUUUUAACUCACAGACACUGUUUUGACUUUUCUACACAGUGCCAUCUCACCGGUAUUUGGUGCAAAAAAACAUAGUUCAGUAGUUUUAAACUACAGAACAGGGGACACAUUUAACAGUAAUUAUUUUUCAUAUAGCCUGUAUAUGUUCUGCCGAAUCUGCAUUAAACCGUAUCUUCCAAACUACUGAAUGGAUCUGGGUGAAUUUUGUAUAUGUGGUUCACCCAGAUCCCCCGGUUCCGAGGAUAUAUUUUUUAUGGGGUUAUUGCGUGUUUUGGGGUUCCUGUGGUAUGUUUUAUAAUACUGUAUUUUCCUGCCUGUGAUAAUUAAGUUAGUCUAUUGUGUUGAGAUAAUUGUAUCACAGGCAGAAGGGAGGAUUUCUGAUGUAAUGAAGGGAGUGCUAGCUGUGUUGUAAUGUGUUAGGUUGUAUAGGUUGUUCUUCAAAACCCUGUGGGCAGUAGUAUGUUUGUAGAAUGUGAAUAAAAGAGGCUGUAUGUGCCAGUACAGUCAGUUCUUCUUGACCCUCAACACGUAGUCUUGUCUCAUGAUUGGAGGGGACAGCUAUAUUCACACGGGGAUUGCUAUGCUUUGCAUACUCCCUUGAGCUUUAAUCACUUGGCUCUUUUAAGAGCUUGUUCCUGAUACGCUGUCCUGGAGGAAAGGUCUUCCCCACACGGUCCUGGAGGACAGAAGCUGAUCCAGGGUGGACAGAAGGCAUCGAGACUCCAGUUAAGCUACGGCGGUUGUGGAGUCUGCGGUGGUUGUGUUGUCCGGUGCGGUACUUGUGGUCCUCAGAGCAAGCUAGGAAGCAUCCAUUAACGGAAGGUUCUGUUACAUCCGGUAUUCCUCGGAGUCUUUUGUUUCUUCUGUGGUGCAUGGCCUCCAAAGAUGUGACCAUUUUGGUGAGUCUCUGGAUCUGCAGGGACAUGGUAGUCAUUUGGGUUUGGGUCUCUGCUAGUCGGACGUUCCAUUCUCCCUCUCGGGAUUCAACUUCCCCCAAGCGGUGAGUCAGGGUGCCGAUCUCUGACUGUAUCCCCGCAAGGUCCGCUUUCCACACUGCCCGCAGGUCCAGAAGCAGACGUUUAAUGUCCCCUUUGGUGGAUGGGGAUGUGUCUGUGUCUGAAUCCGCCUUCUGGUGCAUACCGCUGUCUGUCUGCGAGGCCACCAUGUCGUCCUCCCCCACGGAGUCAUCCGAGGUGCUUGAGCCUCGUGGUCUGGCAGGGGCCAUCUUGGUCUGGGCCUGGAGUCAUAAUUUUGACCGAACGUGCACAUGGUCCUAUGACAAAAACAGUUCCAGGGAAUCAGGGCGAACGGUUGGUCUCUCUUUCUGGAGUACAAAAGUAAAAAAAUUACAUAAACUCAGCAUUUUAAAGUGCAUUGGGCAAGGUAUAUUGCAGGGCCCAUAGUCCUGAGGGAGGAUGCUGGCCAGCAGGCACCUCCAAGAACCUGUGACGAGGUUCAGUUUGUCAAGCUCAAGCACAUAUCCAAAUCCUCCCCCGGUUUAGGAAGCAAAGAGAUAUUGGCUUCCAGGCUUGAUCUGGGAAUUUUUAGAUUUGAGGAGAUGGAGUUUAUGGCUUCUAAAAGUUGUUUGCCUAAUUAUUUUUGGAAGGUUUUAUAAUGAGUGGCCGAGAAACCAUCUGGGCCUGCUCUUUAAUUAAUAUGGCUGACUGAGCUUUGAAGGCAGCCGGACACCUUUAGGAACAUGGAGGCAGCCAUCUGAGUUAGCAUACAGCCGCCCACCCGCGGGAGUAUAUAGCCGGAGCAUUGUGGGCAGCGUGCGAUUGAGCAGUACUCUGCCUGUAGCUCCUCUCUGCUCCCUCGCGUUGUCUAAUGAUGCCGGGAGCCAGAAUAUGAAGUCACUCCGGCCCUGGCUCUCCUAGUCCAGAGAGCGCAGCAGGAACAGCUAUUUUUAGAGCUGUUCCUGCUGCGCUCCCUGGACUAGGAGAGCUGGAUCCUCGUCUUGGGUCCAGGGUGGGUGGAGGGUGGUGAGACCCUAACCAAGCUUCGGCGGUUCGUGGGGUCUAUGGUGAUUAUGGUGUUCCAGUACAGUGUUUUAUGUUACUCACAAGUACUAGGAAGCAGAGAUUGACUGUGGUACCUGUUCGGGGGGCCAUGCGUUCCGUCACAUUGGUGGCAGCGGUGGGACGGCAUCUUAGUGAGGAGGAGCAUCCUGGAGACACUGGUAUCGUAUGGAUUUAUAAUUGAGGGCAACGGUAGCAAUCGGGCAGUGCGCCUGGUUGCAGUUGAACAAGCUAGCCCCCGGGCAGCAUCCCCAUACGAGGAGGAGUUUCAGUGGAGACUACAAGGCGCCCUGGCACAGGAGUAUGGCCCUGUUUCAGCCGAGGAUGAACUGAUAUGGAAAGAUGUGGUACGACGAGAGCUCUGGCACGAGGCACUGGAGCAGUCUCAAGCUCAAGGGGCAGAGAGCCUUCCCAGCUCAGAUAUGCACAGACAGAGGCAAACAGUUGCCUUUACUGAAGUCUCUUCCACGUGAAGAGUGCAUCAUAGAAUUCCAGCGGUUGAUCAGGAAGGAACUGUGACUGGGUGAGGCAUACCGGGCGCUACAAUGGUACUCGGUGCAAAGGUGCCCCUGGAUGAAUAAGAGUGAUUGUCCAGAGGGUUAUGACUAUGAUGGCCCUGGUCUACUAUGGGAUGCUGUGGAGGAGAACAGUGACUUCGGCAGCCCGGAAGAGUCUAGAUAUUGGGGCAUUCGGGAAUACCUUAUGGACGAGCUAGAGCUUCCCAGUACUGCAGACCUGGGAUCAAAUAUCACCUGUCUGGUCGCUAUAGAAUGGGAACUGGAGCAGGAGUACCAGACAGAGUUACAAUGUAAGACAAUCCCUCCCAUCUGCCUGGGAGAUAAUUGAGUCAAUUGCUGUAUCAACUCAAUUAUUUCCAGGCGAAAAAAGAACAUAAUUUACAGACAUUUAGAAAAUACCCCCAAACCACACAUAAACCCCAUAAAAAAUAUAUCCCCUGAUAACCCCGAUCUGGGUGAGCAACAUCUCCAAAACUCACCUAUAUCAGUUCAGGGGUUCGGGAUUCGCAUGGAGGUCUUAUAUCUGACGGAUCACACUCGGGGCUCCUGCCCAGAAUAGCUCUAUAGAAUCAGGCUAUGUGGCCAAUCUCUUCUGUUGGCUUAAAAUAUAACGAAAUGUCUCCAAUAACUGUUCGUGGGAAAGCUAGUCGUGUGCAUCUUGUUUAGGAGUUGAGUUUCACCGAACGCGGAUGAUUUGGAACGAACCUAGGUGAUCCUGGAAGUCUCAGUGGUGUUUGGGCCGUUGAGUGUCCGAAAAUAGUUCCAUACACUCGACGACCAAACACCGCUGGACCAGUUCAACAAAACAAUAUGGCCAUCGUUCGUGCAUUCGAAUCAACGGCCAUCCAGUGAACCACUUAGAACGUUCAGAGUUGCGGUUAGAGCAAGUGUCAGUAAGGUCAAUUGGAGGCACAUGACUGCUUUAGGUGGUCCAAGGGUUUGGUAUAUUAUUCGGUAUAUGACCCAGCUGGGGCAAAUCUGUUCGGUUGAGUUCGUAUACCGAUCCAGGCAAAAAUAAAAGUAAUAUUCAGGAACAGGGCAUCUGUUACUGUGGGUAAGUUAUGCUUUAUGGACUAAAAGUAAUUUUGCAAGGCAAAUAAAAAGUGUGUGACAGAACCAUCUGUCCGUGGACUACUUCUAUUCCCCCUUUAGUUUCGUCUGUUUGUUCGGUUACUUGCUUGUCCGUAUGCCCCCGUUAGUUUAUUUUCUUAACUCUCGAAUAAACUGCCAAACAGCCGGCCACCCAGCAAGGAAGUGUGCUGCUGGUUAACCUCUUGGCCCCAUUAGAACGUUGAGGUUAACCGCAGACACCUCUUAAUUGUCAAAGGUAGCCUGGGUGGUCGUCAUUCGUAUGCCGACCACGAGGCGGCGGCCAUCUUGGACGCACGAAUGCCCAGCGGUGUUCGCCGACGAUCCCCUGGAACUAAAAACUGAUACUAUUUCUACCGAACACAGCUGAAGCAGCCGACCUCCAUUCUCUGUCAUCCAGCAUACGAACACUGGCCCGUUCGUUAUUUUCUUCCACGAAUGGACUUACCCCAGAUAGCCAUCCCAUUUGUAUACCGAAAGACCAUGUGAAAGACUUUGGCUCAAUGGCAAUUGAACUGUAUGUAUGUGAUCUGAGCGCCAUUCGGUAAUAAUGUGCGCUCAGAUCUAAGCUAUCUGGGGAUACGUCCUGGAGGAAAGGUCUUCCCCACAUGGUCCUGGAGGACAGAAGCUGAUCCAGGGUGGACAGAAGGCAUCGAGACUCCAGUUAAGCUAUGGCGGUUGUGGAGUCUGCGGUGGUUGUGGUGUCCGGUGCGGUACUUGUGGUCCUCGGAGCAAGCUAGGAAGCGUCCAUUAACGGAAGGUUCUGUUACAUCCGGUAUUCCUCGGAGUCUUUUGUUUCUUCUGUGGUGCCUGGCCUCCAAAGAUGUGACCAUUUUGGUGAGUCUCUGGAUCUGCAGGGAAACGGUAGUCAUUUGAGUUUGGGUCUCUGCUAGUCGGCCGUUCCGUUCUCCCUCUCAGGAUUCAACUUACCCCAAGCGGUGAGUCAGGGUGCCGAUUUCUGACUGUAUCCCCGCAAGGUCCGCUUUCCACACUGCCCGCAGGUCCAGAAGCAGACGUUUAAUGUCCCCUUUGGUGGAUGGGGAUGUGUCUGUGUCUGAAUCCGCCCUCUGGUGCAUACUGCUGUCUGUCUGCGAGGCCACCAUGUCGUCCUCCCCCACGGAGUCAUCCAAGGUGCUUGAGCCUCGUGGUCUGCCGGGGGCCAUCUUGGUCUGGGCCUGGAGUCAUAAUUUUGACCGACCGUGCACAUGGUCCUAUGACAAAAACAGUUCCAGGGAAUCAGGGCGAACGGUUGGUCUCUCUUUCUGGAGUACAAAAGUUAAAAAAAAUUACAUAAACUCAGCAUUUUAAAGUGCAUUGGGCAAGGUAUAUUGCAGGGCCCAUAGUCCUGAGGGAGGAUGCUGGCCAGCAGGCACCUCCAAGAACCUGUGACGAGGUUCAGUUUGUCAGAGGGAGGUAGCUCAAGCACAUAUCCAAAUCCACCCCCGGUUUAGGAAGCAAAGAGAUAUUGGCUUCCAGGCUUGAUUUGGGAAUUGUGCUGCUGGUUAACCUCUUGGCCCCAUUAGAAUGUUGAGGUUAACCGCAGACACCUCUUAAUUGUCAAAGGUAGCCUGGGUGGUCGUCAUUCGUAUGCCGACCACGAGGCGGCGGCCAUCUUGGACGCACGAAUGCCCAGCGGUGUUCGUCGACGAUCCCCUGGAACUAAAAACUGAUACUAUUUCUACCGAACACAGCUGAAGCAGCCGACCUCCAUUCUCUGUCAUCCAGCAUACGAACACUGGCCCGUUCGAUAUUUUCUUCCACGAAUGGACUUACCCCAGAUAGCCAUCCCAUUUGUAUACCGAAAGACCAUGUGAAAGACUUUGGCUCAAUGGCAAUUGAACUGUAUGUAUGUGAUCUGAGCGCCAUUCGGUAAUAAUGUGCGCUCAGAUCUAAGCUAUCUGGGGAUACGUUAAUUGUACCUAAUACAUUAGGUAUUUUUCCUGUUAUACAUUUUUGUGUAUUUUUCACUGUCACAUGUAAAAUGUCGAUUUGCCUCUAUCCUCUGAGAUAAUUGGAUUACUUCUUCAACUAUCUCCAGGAUCGAGAGGAGGGUCUUUUCGGCUAAAGGGGAGUGUUUAUGCCUGAGCCACUGUGAUUGGCUACUGCAUCAGUCCCCUAUGGGAGUGUCCACCUGGUGGAAAGCCUGCAUAAAUACCGGGCAGGUAGUCGACAUUAAAUCGGAUAUCUGCUUAACCUUCAAUACGGAGCUUGGUCUCGUACUUGGGGGUUUUGGAUUCGUAUGGUUUACUCGUUUGGCUGUUUGAUACGUGAAGGAUUUCAUAUGGUUCCAGUUCGGCUGAUUGGAUCGUUCGUCUAGCCACUUCUCCCUUCGGAAGGUGAACCCCCUUAACGGUAUUAACCCUUACUAUACUUGGGUGUACCGUAACAAAGUGUAUAAACAAUUUUUAUAAUGCAGGGAAUUAAAGUACUAUAUAUAUAAUAUAUAUAAAAAUUAGGUUCUUGCUCAAUCACCAUGAUGUUUCAUAGUCAGAUUUAUUAUCGUUCAUAAAAAUAUUGUCAGUUUUUCUAAGUAUGGUAAACAAAAAAUAAUUUAAACACAGAUUUUAUUUAACUCCCAGUACAUUUCCACAUUUCCACCAGUAGGUCAAUUUCAAUAGCACAACCUUCUAGUAUAAGUGGUAGAGGCUAGGAGUGAAAUAAAAAGAGUAGUAGAUACUUGGCACAGCCUUCCAGUGACAGAGGUGGGGGGGGUGGGGGGAGAAUAACCGUGAGAUUAUGUGCUUCAUGUGUUUACAAUAUAUGUGAUAUACACAGAAUCUGUAAUUUGUUCCUCUUUAUGGACAAAAUCUAAUUUAGCAAAGAAAAUUCAAGUAAAAAGGAGUAUACACAAUUUUGAUAAUAAAGGGGUUAAUGCACCCAAAAUACUUGAUCUCUUCGCACUCACCAUGACACCUGAUGGUCGUAUUUCUUAUCUAUUAUGCAAAUAUUGUCUAUUUUUUCUAAGUAUAACAAACAAUCAUUUGUGACCGAUUUCCUUUAACUCCCAGUAUGUUUCUUUUAGGUGUAUUUGUCAGGAGAGGUGACAAGAACAGAAAUAGCAAAGCUAUGAAGAAAUCUUUUAAUAACAGAAGCAAGGAGUCCAACUCUAAUAAAUCAA